CAGAAGGUCAGACAUGGCAGCCUGUGCGAAGGGGCUCGACAAAUGUAUGUUUUCACUGAGGUUAUUACGAAACCUGCGGCUCCAAAAUGAACGGUUUCUAUCGACGUCACUGGGUCGUCUUGCUCCGAAGGAGCCGUCGAAGUUCACCCCUCCACCUAAACCUGUCGUCAUAGAUAAAACACAGUCUGUGGCAGCUCUGAGAAAGUUUCUGAGCCCGGAGUUCAUCCCUCCCAGACAGAGGACAGAUCCUUUUAAAUUCACCAUUGAGAGGAAAGAUAUGAUUCGCAGGAGAAAAGUCCUCAACAUCCCUGAAUUCUAUGCAGGGAGCAUCCUUGCAGUGACCAUGGCCGACCCUAAUGCCAGUGGGAAAAUUAACCGCUUUGUUGGCAUCUGUACCCAGAGGAGUGGGAAGGGGCUGGGAGCCACAUUUGUCCUGAGGAACAUCAUUGAUAAUCAAGGAGUCGAAAUAUGCUACGAGAUGUACAGCCCCCGUAUCCAGAAGAUUGACGUGCUGAAGCUUGAGAGGAGGCUGGAUGACAACCUCAUGUAUCUGAGGGAUGCUCUGAACCAGUACAGCACUGUGGACCCGGACAUGACCCCUGUGCCCUUUUCCCUGACUGAUGAGGUGCCCUUCAACAAGAUGAAGGUCAGGAUGCGUCCAAAGCCGUGGUCCAAACGCUGGGAACGACCCAAGUACAACGUCCAGGGCAUUCGCUUCGACCUGUCUCUGACCCCAGAGAAGAUGGAGCACGCCCAGAAGUGGGCACAGCCGUGGCUGGAGUACGACAUGCUGAAGGAGUACGACACGUCCACACUGGAGGAGCAGAUCCUCACCGAGGUCCAGCGGGAGAUGAGCAAGUGAGAGCGAUCCUCUUCGGGUGGCUCAACGUACCAUCAACAGACUUUGUCAGGAGUGGGGGGAAAGGACAGGAACGUGAAGUUUGCAUGGAUGUGGAACACUCUGCUGGAUUAAGUUAAACCCGAUGGAUUACGACAGCCACACCAGUGUGUAUGCGGAGGAGCCCGUAUGGAAUCUGGUGUUGGGAUCUGAGGGGUCAUGCCUUCUUCUUUUAGUUGCAUCAGUCUGCUGUGCAGUAAAUGCUUUUUCAACGUCAUUGUCUUGUGGCAUCCAUCAAGUGGUUUCUAAAAUAAAACCAAUAAACCCUCCAA